AUGUUUGCUUCAAACACAUUUUUUGGUUUUCCGCCUUUAAUUCCUUUUGGAACGGAGAUUGCGACACCGAAAAGUGAAAAGAAUGUUUUGGAGAAGGGGCUGGAAGGAAAUGAGAAGAAUGCGACGGGAGAAGAUGGAAGGUCAAAAAGUGGAAUUGUUCUUUCUAGACGGGCUGGAAUUAAGGUUCGAUUCAAUCCUCCAGUAUUUGAUAAUGUUGCUCAUUUCUUUCGUAGGUUUAUUUUUAUGCAUGUUUUCUAA